UGAAGCUGCAGGCGUGAGUUUGAUAUUCCUCCCUUGCUUAAUAUCAAGGCACGUAGCUGACCCGCGGAACUUGCAUACGCAAACCUCCGUCAGGAGAAUUUGCUCUCACAUUCGAUAGACGAGGUUGGUGACAUUCCUUAAGUACUCACGUAGAGACGCGCAAUCCAAUAAGGGGAGCAAAGGUUCUCUGACUCGACAUUCCGCUCCCCCUUCCACUCCCAGUAUGAGAAUGUUAUCUAUAAAGCAUGGCCUCGACCUCGCUGAUGGUCAACUGUCGAGUUUUUCUCCUUGACUGUCUCGGUGUGAAGCACUGCAGUUUCAAGCCAGAUAACUCUCUUCUUGUGCCUGACGGCGUCCUCUCUUUGAGAUAUCCUUUCCUUUCUGGAAUCACAUCCACAAUAAUCGCAAUACCACCUCUUCACCUCAUCCAAAAUGGCUCGUUUCAGCUUGUCCUUCCUUGCUCUUUGCUUCUUCCUGGCCCUCAUGGCCUCGGCCUUGCCCGCCAAGCGUGACGACGGCGAUUUGGACGCUGGUGAUGCCGUUGCAGCCGCUCUCAGCGCUCUCAAGGCCUUUGAGAAUGUGAAGGAGGUGAAGGAGGAUAAGAAAGACACCCCCGAUAAGCCCUCGGCUGCUCAUGGAGCCAAUGUGAAGGAGGCAACCACCACGCCGCAGCCCAUCCCAUCGGGCACUCGCACCACGGUGCAGACCCCCGCCGCUGCCAGCAGCUCUGCUGCUGCUGUUCCGAAGAAGAAGCAGAGCAGCACAAACAUGCUCUCGCACAUUCCCAUCAUUGGAGGUGUGUUGGGAGGUGGUGCGGGUCUGGGAAGCCUUCUGCCAACUCGGUAGAUUACGUAUGUCGAAGACAAAGUGAAGGCGUAUAGCUCGCCCGGGGUCGUUGAAAACGGUGGCUGUCGUUCUCUGGUUUCGGAGAGGUGGUUAUUUAUCCAAACGGUUGAGUGCAGUCUCUGCCUUGCUUUCCUACUUGGGAGCGAAAUUGUUGGAUGUUUUGUGGUGCGGUGGGAAACAAGAUCGGUCCUUGACUAGUACAUUAAUUAGAAUCUC